AUGGAUUGGUCGGAAAUUUAACCCCGAAAUUAACACGCAACUGGUCGAAAGUGCGAGCGAGAAGGAACGAAAACAUCACGAAAGAUAAACGCCAAAUGAAAACGUGAGCGAAGGUGAAAAGCGGGACGUAAAAAACAACAUCGACGUAAAUCUUAAGAUGGCCGACCCAGCUGUUCUCGAGGACUCGUAGUGCGACGACUUCGCGGCUUUUCGACGUUUUGCCGAGUAAAAUUCCCGUUUCUGUGUGUAGUCUUAACUGACGCCAGUCGCCCAGCACCCGAUCCGCCAACUGCUGCGCCAGAAUUCAGUGCGUGUGGCGGCAAAAUUGCGAGGCAAGUUCGAGACAUUGAAAGUGUUUUCAGCGCGGCGACGGCUCAGGUUCAGGUCCCGAUCGUGGGAGAACGCACAACGACGCGGCGCGACGACAGUGCACGCACACACCUGCCGUCAAAACAUCUUCCCCGCCGUACGCACUUUGUCAAGCGGACGUUUGUUGCGCGUGUAGUGGUGGUCUGUUGAAUCCGGCACGGGCGCAGAGUGAACCGCGAGGGAGAGCGCCGCGCCGAGCGAGCGAGAAGGACGACCCGAGCGCAGACGAGGACUCGCGCAGCGCUCCGACUGCUCCCUGAGCCGAGCGAGGAGUUUUCAGCCGAGCCGCGGAGCGACAACCAGUCCCGAGAACGCUUUUCCGUUGUUUAUUUUCUCGCCCGUCGUUUUUCCGUGUUCAUGAGCAGCGGCGAUUGCGACUUUUCCGCGGCCUAAAAAAGUGAAAAGUUCGAGUGGCAGUUCGAUGGCCGAGCCGUGGCCCGUCGCGACAAGUUUGUGGUGAAUUCAAGUGCAGAAAUCCCCGAGAGUGCCUGGCGCGGAGCGAACGGAUCGGCAGCGGGGAGCCGGGAAAGUGGGAAAUUGGUGGUGGCCGCGUCGUCAAGGAUUCCGCCGCGCGUCGUCGUGCAUCCCCCGUCGAUCGCAAGUGCGCCGAGCGGCGUCAAAACACAACCGCCCGCCCCCCGACCAGGCAGGAUCGGCCAGAGACCAACCGCGGCACCGUGAGGCCCAUCGUUCGUGCGUUCAACGACCGCCGCCGCCGCAGCAGCUGUCACUUGGUCCUGCGACCUUCGAGCGUUGGCGGUUCGCGGGUGCCCCGAGCCCGCCUGCAGAUGUGUCCGCAUCCUCGGCCGCCGCUUUCUCCUGGGCAGCAACGCGCCUCCUCGACAGCCUUCGGCCGUAGACGAUAGUCGGCGGCGAUUACGAGCGCGGCCGACGCCGAUUCCGCAUCCGCAUCUGCUCCACAGCAAUGUCAACGUUCUUGGGCAACUUUUUCCGUGCAGAUACGGCCGCUAUGGACCCUUUAUUUUAUCCACCAACGAGUGGCGGUAUACCUUCCGAGAGCAAACUCGCAACAUAUAUGAAUCGACAUAAUGUAGUGACGCCAACAUAUGGUCUUUCCUCUGGUUUGUCUAGACUCUCUUUGGACUCACCAAUAUCAAUUAAGAAAGCUCAGGUACCGUCACAAUCACCAGAAUUCAUUCCAUCACAUAUAAACUCUUCACCAAGCUGUUAUUCCCCCUAUAAUGGCAAUGUUAUAACACCACCUUCGGUUAAGUCUAAUACAAAUAUUACACCCAUAUUGGGUAAUCAGGCAACUACAACCACAGUCCAGUCAGCUGGACUGAUGGGUAUGAAUGGUAUUGCAACGUCAUCGUAUUCGGUGACACCAAUAAAAGGACGAAGUAACUCAAUACACAAUGACUCACCGCAAAGUGUUGGAGAUACUUCGCCUGCAAUAAAUACUCCACAAACUUCUCCAACACCAACGACAUUGCCGUUAGGCGUUCAUCAGGAAAAUGUUGGUGGUACAAUAUAUUUCUACCCAACUGCCAAUCACACUUCCAGUCAAACGAGUUCAGUUGGUUCUGAAAGUGUUCCGCAAACUACAUCGUCCACGCUCAUGUACAACCAUAUGGGACACGUAUAUCCAGGACCAGCAUCGAAUGUGAUAAACAUGAAGCCCAAAACAUUGCUCUCUUCGGCAUUUUUUAUGCCUGAAGAGAUGCGAAUUGAAAUUCAGGGGAGAAAUGAAAUUGCUAAUCUUAUCAUGGAGAACCCGGAAAAUUCCAAUUUACCCAUCGAAGUCGAUAACUAUCAUUCACUGUAUCCGCUCGAGCCAGAAACCCUUCAUCCGAAAUUAAUACAACAAUCGUCCACGUACAAAGCGACAAACAGUUCAACGGGCAUAAAAUACUGUUUACGAAGAUUACAUGGUUUCCGACUACAAUCAACAAAAUGCAUGACCGUUGUUGAAAUGUGGAAAAAACUCCAGCAUUCGAACGUAGUACAAUUGCGCGAAGUAUUUACGACAAAGGCUUUCGGCGAUAACUCAUUAGUAUUAGUUUACGAUUACCACCCAGGCUCACAAACGUUGUUGGCAAAAUACUUUACUCCAACACAAGAAUCCAAUGGCUAUACAGAUCCAUUCCCUGGCGAAGCUCGGCCAUUCAGUCAUAAAAGUAACUUACAAAGAACGGCGAAUGGUCCGCUUCUGCCCGAAACAACAAUAUGGUCAAUUAUUAUGCAAUUGACAUCUGGACUACGUGCAAUACAUCAAGCUAGUUUAGCUUGCAGAGCGUUGGAUCCAACGAAAAUUAUAGUGACGGGGAAACGAGUCCGGUUUAGCUUUCCGGGCAUAUCAGAUAUCGUCAGUUACGAUCCAAAUACUGCUGUUGUUAAUCACUACCAGCAGGAGGAUUUAACAUCACUUGGUAAGUUAGUGUUAGCUUUGGCCUGCCGAUGUCUCCAUUCUGUACAUAGAGAUAAUGUUCAAACGAGCAUUGAACUUGUAUCUAGACAAUAUUCGUCCGAUUUACGAAAUCUUAUAAUAUACCUACUAACUUCCUCGACAAGGCGUUCAGUUACUGAUCUAAUGCCAAUGAUUGGUGCUCGCUUCUAUACACAAUUGGACGCCUUACAAAGUCAAUGUGAUAUGCAAGAAGAUGAAUUGGCCAAAGAGAUGGAAAAUGGUCGUCUCUAUAGGUUACUUGUUAAAUUAGGUUGCAUCAACGAACGGCCUGAUUUUAAUUUGGAUGCAACAUGGUCUGAAACAGGAGACCGUUAUAUGCUUAAACUUUUCCGCGACUACUUAUUCCAUUCGGUGACGGAAGAUGGUCGACCUUAUCUGGAUCAGGCACACAUAGUAAAAUGUCUCAACAAAUUAGAUGCUGGCGUAAUGGAAAAGGUCCAGCUUAUGUCGCGAGACGAACAAUCGGUCCUAAUUGUCUCUUAUGCUGAACUGAAAAAUUGUCUCGAAAAUGCUUUUUCCGAACUUGUUGCACAUGCGGCCUCAUAAUAAAAGUAGAUUUCCCCUCUCUAAAGGAAAUAUAAAUUCUGAAUUUUCUGUUCUGAAGAAAAUGCCACAGAAAUAAAUCCUCUGAAAAAUUAUAAGAGCGAAAAACACAAAAAAAAAUCACAUAGAAAAGAUAAUGUUUUAAGUUAUAUACACGUACGUAAUUGUAAUGAUUCUUUUAUCCGGGUGAGUAUUUAAGGCUCGUGUUUUAAUUUAUAUGAGAAAAAAUUAGAAAAAAAAAGAAAUACAAAAUGAAACAAAUUAAAUGAAACGAAAGCAACUAUGAGGCAACUUAAUAAUCACCACCAAACCGGCAUCUCCGAUUCUUGAUUGGAUAAAAUCGAUUGAUUAAAGGAAAGAGUUUAUCAAAUUAAAUGGAGAGCUCUUAAGGCCGCGAACCUAGAGUACGAUUCAGUAGCGCUAGAAUGGUGCACGCACAUUUUACAUAUACAUGAAUAUGAAAUAUGGAAAGCAUGGUAUGAUUAUGACAUCGAGAAGAGUAACAAUUGAACACAAUAAAAAAUAUAUUAGCAGUAAUUUAAUUUUCUCCUUGACAAUUAAAGGAAUCGGUUACGAGACAAUUUUGGAUUAUGUAAGUCUAUCAAACGCAUAACCGUCUUUUUUUCAGUAAGAACGGAGAAGAUAUCAUUUACUUAUAUUUCGAUUUAAGUGUACAAUGAUAGAAAUAGAUAAAGAAAAGUCGAAAAUUUGUUCCCCACUUUAAAUAGAGAUAUUGAAAACAAAAAGUUUAGAUUUAAAAGAAAACUGUUUAGAAAUUGAUUGAUGAUAAGAAACUUAAUCUUAAAUUUGAAAAUAAAACAACAAAGAGGAAGUAAAAACUGUUUAAGCAUAUAAAAUUCUACAAAGAACAUAAAACAAUACAAACUAGUGUACUUGAGAGAAGAAUUUAAACAAAAAGAAACAAAACAAAAAAUAAAAGCAAAGUGUGAAUUGUA